AUGGACGAUUUGCCGCACUGCACCUGCGAGAAGACCCAGUGCCUCCAGCGCUACUGCCAUUGCUUCGAGGCCUGGGUGUUCUGCGACGAGGGGUGCUCCUGCCAGGGCUGCCGCAACACAGAGGACAACUCCGACGAGGUGGAUGAGCGCGCAGAGUGCAUCAUGAAGAAGAAGCCCGACGCCUUCAAGCCCAAGAUCAUCGCCGGCGAUGGGCCUGGGCUGCAACAGCAGCAGCAAGCAGCAGGGGUGCACGUCAAGGGAUGCAACUGCCGCAAUUCUGAAUGCAAGAAGCUCUACUGCGAGUGCUUCAAGCACAGCGUCGGGUGCAGCGACAAGUGCCAGUGCACAGGGUGCGCCAACACCUUCGGAGUGAAAGGCGCGGCUCAACAAGCACAUAGUGACGGUCCUCAAGGAACAUCUGGCGGCUCCGGUGAAACACUUGCCCGUUCGAAUGGAUCGUCCGCAAUCAUCAACCACGACAUGGCUUCUCAGUCGACAGAAACAAGCAUCAUGGACGAUAUCCACAUCCCCAGCGAAUUGAGUCACAUGGAUGCUGAUCUUGGUCCACCAACUCAAGCCCUAGGUGACGGCGGCCUCGAGGACAUCAUCUUCCAUACAGACUUUGAGCACAAUAUUGAUCCCCAAGCACAUCAGGGGUUGGCGCAGCAGGCCGAUGCAUCGCUGAGCAAUGACGCAAACUCCCUACUAGAGCAGGGCCCUUCAAAAACUGACACUUGUGAUCUUCUCCACCAUGGUAGCCAGAUCAACAAACUCGGUGGAAUUUGA